AUGCCACGACACCCAUGUCGAGCUUCUAUGCAUUCGUUGCCCGACGAAGAAAAGGGGUAUCAGCAUGCAGCUCUGGAGGCAACAAUGAAAUCAUCUUUUGAAAGGGAACUCCGCUUUUCCAUGUCGAAUAUCCCGGCUAGUUCAGAUCCUAACGCUCGUAAGAAGGCGAGAGAUGCUGAGGACAAACCAUUUUGA